AUGGCUUCAAGAAGAUUACUUAAAGAUUUUUUGCUCAAAAGGGUUAUUUCAAGUCCUGUUAGUGGUGUCAGACAUUGCUCUUCUUCUUCAUCAUCAAAAACUGCUCCUAAAAUUCCUCACUUCUCGAAGAAGGGGAGGUUAUUAACAGGAGCAACCAUAGGACUGGUUAUUGCUGGAGGAGCGUAUGUUAGUACAGUGGAUGAAGCAACUUUCUGUGGUUGGCUAUUCAAUGCAACAAAACUCGUGAAUCCAUUUUUUGCCCUUUUAGAUGCUGAGUUUGCUCAUAGGCUUGCUGUAUCAGCUGCUGCUCACGGUUGGGUUCCAAGGGAGAAGAGGCCUGAUCCAUCAAUUUUAGGACUGGAAGUUUGGGGUAGGAAGUUCUCCAACCCUAUAGGUCUAGCUGCUGGCUUUGAUAAAAAUGCUGAGGCUGUUGACGGCUUGCUUGGGUUAGGUUUUGGCUUUGUAGAGGUUGGCUCUGUUACCCCUGUUCCACAAGAGGGAAAUCCAAAGCCACGAAUCUUCAGAUUGCGUCAGGAAGGUGCAAUUAUCAAUCGCUGUGGAUUUAAUAGUGAAGGCAUUGUAGCUGUUGCAAAACGAUUGGGUGCACAACAUGGAAAAAGAAAGUUGGAUGAAACUUCAAGCACUUCAUCUACCUCUAACGGCGAUGUCAAACAUGGAGGCAAAGCUGGUCCUGGCAUUCUCGGGGUCAAUCUAGGAAAGAACAAGACAAGUGAAGAUGCUGCUGCAGAUUAUGUACAGGGGGUUCAUACGUUGUCCCAAUAUUCUGAUUACUUGGUUAUUAACGUGUCAUCACCCAAUACUCCUGGAUUGCGUAUGCUUCAGGGAAGAAAGCAAUUAAAGGACGUCGUUAAGAAGGUCCAAGCUGCUCGUGAUGAAAUGCAAUGGGGUGAGGAGGGUCCUCCUCCUAUGCUAGUGAAGAUUGCUCCUGACUUGUCCAAAGAAGACCUUGAAGACAUUGCAGCAGUUGCUCUUGCACUCCGCUUGGAUGGACUGAUUAUAUCAAACACAACCAUAUCAAGGCCGGAUUCUGUAAAGAGAUACCCAGUGGCUGAGGAAACUGGUGGCUUGAGUGGGAAACCUCUCCUCAAUUUGUCUACCAAUAUCUUAAAAGAGAUGUAUAUUUUGACAAGGGGGAAGAUUCCUUUGAUAGGCUGUGGGGGUGUUUUUAGUGGUGAGGAUGCAUACAAAAAAAUACGAGCUGGAGCAACUCUUGUUCAGCUUUAUACAGGAUUUGCCUAUGGGGGACCUGCCCUAAUUCCUCGAAUAAAGGCUGAGCUGGCCGAGUGCUUAGAAAGGGAUGGUUUCAAGUCCAUUCUGGAGGCAGUUGGUGCAGAUUACAGAUAG